AUAAAAGAGAGGUGAGGUGAACUCGUGAGGGUUGUGGUAGUUUGGCAGCGACACGUAUCUUCAUCAAUAAUCGCAGAAGCAGUUUCCGGUGCAUCUCAUCGUCUUCCAAAAUGAACGACGCAGAUGUCUCGAAGCAAAUCCAGCAGAUGGUGCGUUUCAUCCGCCAGGAAGCUGAGGAGAAAGCCAACGAGAUCUCUGUAUCUGCCGAAGAGGAAUUCAAUAUCGAGAAGCUGCAGUUGGUUGAAGCCGAAAAGAAGAAGAUCAGGCAAGAAUACGAACGCAAAGAGCGCCAAGUCGAAAUUCGCAAGAAGAUUGAGUACUCAAUGCAGCUGAAUGCUUCUCGGAUUAAAGUUCUUCAAGCUCAAGAUGACGUGAUCAGUUCCAUGAAAGAAGCUGCAUCCAAGGAACUUUUGAAUGUCAGUCAUCACCAUGAUGAUCAUGUGUAUAGAAACCUUCUGAAAGAUCUCAUUGUUCAGUGUUUGCUAAGACUGAAAGAGCCUUCUGUCUUAUUGAGAUGUCGGAAAGAUGACCUGCACUUGGUAGAGAAUGUGCUGGAUUCAGCUGCUCAGGAGUAUGCUGAGAAAGCAAAUGUUGAUCCCCCAGAGAUCAUUGUUGACAACCAAGUCUAUCUUCCACCUGGACUCACUCAUCAAAAUUCUCAUGAUCUCUACUGCUCUGGUGGGGUGGUGUUGGCUUCUCGUGAUGGAAAGAUUGUGUGUGAAAAUACACUUGAUGCACGUCUUGAUGUAGUUUUCCGUAAAAAGCUUCCAGAGAUCCGAAAGCAGCUCUUUGGACAAAUUGUUGCUUGAAGAUUUUGAUUGUAUUGUUUGGUUACCGCUGGAAUGUUAAUAUCCCAAAGCAAAAGCUUUGUCUUCAUGUCCUUGACCUGAAUAGCUAUCAAGCCAUUGCUUCUGUGAACUUAUAAUUAUUGUCUUUUAAAUAACAUUAUUUUCGGUAGUCCAGUUGUCCGGUGUUCUUGAUUUGAUUUACUUCUGAUUGUUAUGACCUAAGUUUUUCCGGCUUAUUUCAGCUUUGAGCUUCUUGGCAAUAAAGUAGCAAGAUGUAAACAUUACUGUUAAUGUUAUUAAAAAAAAACAUUACUGUCAAUAUUGUGACAGAAACACAGUAA